CAGCGCGAUACGCGCCUUCUUUUUCCUUUACCUUUCCGACAAAUAUGGAUCAAUCUUUCAAUCUGAAAGUUCCCAAUCGCAAAUACGUGCUAGUCGAAUACCCUGGACGGGUCAAGAAUGUUGAUCGAGCACUCAAAUCCCUUGGUGGCGAGAAAACUAUCGCAAACGCUUUGAACAAAGAGGUCAAAACGAUCGAACUUCGUUACCGCCCUGAAGAUCCUUUCUCUCACCCGGUCGUAGGAGACGUUGUACCGACGAGUUCACUCUUGCUAAAAGUCACCAAACGUAAAAAGAAAAACCAGCCUGAUGAUGAAGCAGCGUUUAAAGCAGAAGCUCUUGGUACUAUUUUGAAGAGUUGUCGCUUUCGUGCAAUGGCCGACUUCCAAUAUCUGGUGCCAAAGGACGAAAAGUUUAGUCGAUUGCGAUCCAGCCUGGAAAAAGGAAACGUGAACGAGAUAUUGAAUUACAAAUUGGAUGAAGAGGACAAUAUGACACACAUUCCGCCACCAGUCUUUAGUAUGCGUGAAACACCAUUUGAUUAUGCCUAUCAUCAAUUCCAACCCAUUUUGCGCGUUCGAGUUCGACAACGCGACGGCAGUUAUGCAAUUAAGCUUGUUAAUCGGUUUAAACGCACAGCACUUGAACUUAUUUCUCUGUCAUUUGAGGAUACUGAGAUUCCUACUAGUCCCAAAUUCGACUUAACUGUCUUGAAAGCAGAUGAACGGGCUCUUGCAGAUGAAAUUAAAAAGCUAUUCGAAGAACGGCCUGUUUGGACUCGUGUAGCUCUCCUUAGUAAUAUUGCACAUUCAAAACACAGUUCGUUGCGAGGAGCUCUGAACGCCAAUGCGUAUACCUUCCGCACCGGGCCAUUCCGUGAAUGCUGGAUAAAAUACGGAAUUGACCCAAGGAAAGACCAAAAGUAUCAUGUAUAUCAAAACGUGGAUAUUCGUGGUACUAUGGAAUUAUCGCAUUCAAGAAUGGGGCGCAGGGGAACAAACCGACUUUUAGAAGCUAAAAUACAUAAGACGCCUUUAUCAAACGAAGUGAAUGAAGAGCAACGGACGAGUCAUUUAUUUGACGGUCGAGGCGCGGUACCAAAGAGUGCAUUAUUGUGUUUAUGCGACGUGACUGAUACCGACUUUAAGACUUUGAUAUACUCUCCUGGCUACAUGAAAUCCGUGUGCACUAAGCGUAGCGGAUUUUAUUACGACUGUGUGUACGAUCGGAUCCGUGUCUUGAUCAAAAAGAAAGUGUACGAAUACAAAUUGACUGGCAAAGCAGCAAGCUUAACAAAUGCUACCCAGGGGCUUGAAGAAGCAAUAGCCAAAGAGAUAAAAAUGAGGAAAUAUGAUGAGUCCACUGGAUUUGUCGACAAAGGAGAUCAUGAAGAAGAGGACGACGAAGGAGAAAAGGGAUUGAGCAAAGAGGAAUCGUUUGCGAAAACUCUGCGAGAAAUUCAAGCACAAGGAUUUGGUUUUGGCUCUAUGGAUCUGGAAAAAUUAGCAGAGUUCGACUUUGACGUUCUUUAUGGCGAAGAAGCUGACGAAGACAUUGUUGAGCCGGAAGAUGUGGAAGGAGAAGCAGUAGGAGAAGAUGAAGAGGAGGAGCGCGAAGACAAAUCACUGUGGGAAUUAAACGAUUUUGACCUGUAAAGUCCAAAUAUCCCGUUG